GUUUGUGCAUUUUCAGAUUUUCGUUCUUCUUUCGUUUACUUUAUAUCAUGGCAUCUCCAUACACCGAUGAAAGCAUCAAUGCCAUUUCGCCACGUCUUGUCAGCGAGACAUGUAUGGAUUUGUUCUUAAUAGAGAUGGUAGACACCAUCUGUCGAACAACAACAGCGGAAACCGAUGGUGACAGUGACGCUAUUUUCUACAAACUUGAGACAUUAGGCUAUGCUGUAGGUCAACGUUUAGUUGAAAGAUUCACAAAGGAACGACCACGUUUUGUAGAUACCCUUGAUGUUGUAAAGUUCAUUUGUAAAGAUCUUUGGACCAUCAUGUUCAAAAAACAAAUUGAUAAUCUCAAGACAAACCACAGGGGUGUUUAUGUAUUACAGGAUAAUGGAUUUCGAUGGUUUAUGAGAAUGUCAACCGAUGUUGGAGGAGCUGAUUCAGCAAAAAAAGCGAUGCCUUAUGUUUGGUUUCCCUGUGGCAUAAUUCGUGGUGCUCUUGCCAGUUUGGGUGUUCCUACUGUUGUCGUUGCUGAAACUUCUAAUCUUCCUCAAUGCACUUUCCAAAUUAAAAUUGUUAAGCAGCAAUAAUACCUCAAUAAUAAAAAAUAAAAUAAGAUGUACAAAUAUAAAG